AUGGACAGGAAGCGGAAGACGCCGCCUGACGCGGGGGACUCGGCAGCACCCCGUGUAUCGGCUGCAAAGAAGUUGCAGCAGCAGCGUGCGGCGAAGAAGAAGCGCGCGAACGACGGUCAAGACGUGAUCACCAGAGGCGUCGGCCAGACUGCGGCUCCUAGCACGACGCCGAACAUGGCUCGUCUCGCUAGCGCUCCCGUACUUCUUCUGCCUUCAAGGACCUCCGUACUUGAUUACUCGCCCGGACGCCCGGCCCUUGGUCUCUCCACCUCGCGUUCUCCUUCAGCGACUCUUUUGGGCAACAUGCGGUCUCCUCCCUCGCCGUUUGUUUUCGGUCGUGACAACACCUACAUCUUCCGUACAGGGCUUACGCCAUCCAUGUCGCCUGGCAACAGUGACGACGGGAACUUCGAGAUGGACGCGCUAGACGACGCUGACGUUCUUCCCCAACCUCCUCGACCCAUCACUACGCCCGCUAUGACGCUCGGUGAAGAAGAAGACGGCGAGGAGCAAGAAACGCCUAAGCGUUCCUGGUGGGAAGUCGCGGGUCGUACGAUCGACACAGUAUACGCAAACGUUGGCUGGUUUCUCGGUCAUCGCGAGCAGUUCUUGCUCGAGACGCUGCUCCACGAUGGACCCCCUCAGUGCAAGAAGUGCAUCGAAUGCGUUCACUUCGAGGGCGUUCCUUUCGACGACGCGCCGGUCCCGGAGUAUCGAUACGAGGACUGUCGCGGCGGCGAGUGGUGCAAGAUCUGUGUUCGUGAUGUGCAUCGGUAUACGCCAUUCCAUCACAUCGAGCAUUUCAACGGCCAGUUCUGGGAACACCUCAAGCGCAAGGCAACUCUCAGCAUCGAACUUCAGCUCAUGCAUCCGGCCGGGGAACAAUGCACUCUACACGGAGUCCAAGUCGUGGACAACUUCGCCGUCGUUCACGAAACGGGUAUACACAGGACGCGCCUGCUCUAUUGCUCUUGCGCGAAUGGACGAAAAGUCGACCACUGGGCCCAAUUGAUGCGUUCCCGACUUUGGCCGGCUACUACGUCGGCACCGAAGACGGCAACGACUUUUGAGGCUUUGGACACGUUCUUGCGCCUCUCUAUGCUCGGGCGCCUCAGCGGUUAUGACUAUCAUAAGGCCCUUGAAGCUGCCUCUGACGGGGCUCGUGUUCUCGGUCUCUCGGCAGCGGAUUGUUCGCGUUUCAAGGCUCAAGGGCAAGCCAAUCAAAAAGGUGGCAAGGGCUAUCGUACUAUCGCCGGCGUCGCUGGUGUAUUCUGUGCUCGCCAUGAGUUUUGGUUGCCGCUCGGACUGGCGCCAUUAGUGAAGGGUGAACGCUUUAGUGUCAUAGAUUACAUCUCUUGCAUGGUGCAUCGCUAUAUCAAGGUUCCCGUCGUCGUACACUCCUAUGACAUCGUGUGCCAGUGGCACAAGAACUUGGAGAAACGUCUCGGCGCUAUCAAGACUACGGACGGUGCUCUCUUCGAAGGUGCACGCGCAAUGCUGGACCGCGUCAAGAUCCUCGUCGUGCCGAAGUUCCAUAUCUUCGCUCAUGUUCUGCGCUGCUUUGUGCGAUACAACUAUAGUUUCACGCGAGGCGUUGGACAGACCGACGGUGAAGGCUGUGAGCGUAUCUGGGCAGGGGCAAACCCGGCGGCGACGAGCCUGCGAGAGUUGGGCCCUGGCUCAAUGCGUGACACCAUGGAUAGUAUGUGUAGUUCGUGGAACUGGCAAAAAGCAUGCGGGCUCGUAUGUGUAGACUACGUACGAUACUGUGGCACCCUUACGGCGGCUACCCCUACGUUAGGGUUACGUUCGUAUGUAGUCGCGCGUCGCGCGUUCGCUCUCCCUACCUACUACCACCACAACCACUUUCCACUCUUCUUUCUCUUUCUCUUAUCUCUCCUCUCAUCUCUCUCGUCUCUCUUCUCUUCUAUCUCAUCUCUCAAUCUCAUCAUCUCUUUCCUCUCUCGACUCGUGCCUCAAGACUCAGGGAGGGCUCUCUCCCUCAACCUCAACCUCAAGACAUCGUACCUGUCGGGCGGCCGAGUGCAAGAGCACCGGCCUCCGUCGCCCAGGGUACUCCGGGCUCGUACGACGAAUACGUCGUGCGAGGAGCUUGCUCUCCGGGGCCGUGAGGCCUCGGAUCCCUCGCGUCGGGUCCGUUCAAGGACGCCUUCGCGCCGCCUGCCGCUCGCGUACCGCUCCCCGGUGUUCCCGGCUGAUCGUAUGGAGACCGCGCUUACCGAGGCACGCACCCACGCAGGCAUCUUCACGGCCUUCACGACCACGCUCGAAGAGCGCGAUCCCGAAACCCUCGCGAAGUGGGACGGCGCCGUCCAUUACUUCGAGAACGACGACGCUCAGGCGUCUAAGCGCCCUUGUCCGUAUGAGGAGCGAGACGAUGACGUUAUGCAGUCGAAGGACGUCGAGGCCCUCGCGGAGGCUACCGAUGCAGUACACGGCUGUCCUCCGGGAUGCAACGAAGGUCACGCUCACGCUCAGACCGUCGACUCUGUGGUCGGCGAGGACGAGGAUGAGAUGGGGAAGUUCUUACUGCGAGGGCUAAAGAUUGAGGAUCUUCGCGCCAAGUCCAAGGCGGGUGUCAUCGAUGAACCCGAUGAGAUCGAGGCGGGUACAGACAAGGCGAUGGCCUACAUGGUUCUGGCGUUCAAGGAAGACCAGGUUCGUCUGAUGCCUACCGUGGGCUUCAGAAUGACUGGCAAGGACGCCAUACCGGACAAGGACGAAGCAAGCACGGCCAAGAUCUACUUGCCUUCGGAACUGCCGGCAUCAGCCCGCGCUGAAUACCCCGCGAUCGUGCGACUGGAGACGUCUAUGCGCUGGACGCGUAUGCAGCAAGCGCUUGGCAAGCUCCGUACGCUCUUGCAGCUCUCGACUUACAUCAAUAAGUUGAAGGUGCGGUUCGUACGCGGUCAAGGCGCCUCCACCCGAGCCUGCAGUGCGCAGGAGGCCGUUCACCAGCGCGUCAAUGUCGCGGCGGACAUGUAUCGGCACGACCGCGCCGCUUACCUCUCGUUGGCCGGCGAUGGUACUUGGACACAGGGCUAUCGAGAGCUCAAAGACUGGGACGUCCGGGGCCUGGGCGACCGCACUGUCGAGCAGAUGGAGCAGUUGUCCCAGCGUAUGGCUGAGAAGUUUGUCGAACUCAAUCAAGCGGGCAAACCAGGCGAGAAGCGUACGGACGGCAUCAAGGUUACGUCGCGCGAGAGCACGUUCGCCGUCUCUUGGAUAUGGUAUAAUGUUUCGGCCGCAGAAUGCUUAGAAAUAUCGGACGCGCUCAUGGUCGAGUGGUGUAAGGCACGUGCCCGCGCUCAGCGUUCGGUUGAGGAGGUCAUCACCCUAUUGCGCGAGAUGGACUCGAUACUGCGGGAGUGUGAGAGCGAGGUAGCGCUAUGGGAGGCUCGCGCGCUACGGGUGUAG